GAUGGCGCCCCCUACAGGCGCGGAUCAAUUUCUCCCCUCUACUCUCCAGCUAAACCUGUUUGCCUGUCUGUAAGACACGCCAUAUUGUCAGCCUCAAGGAGCAAAGAGGCCUGACAGAAGCAGCAACACAUUCUGAUAAUGUCUGGACCAGUGACCAGCCGAUCCCGGGUUUACCCAGACGUGAACACACAGAGACCUCGGGAGUACUGGGACUACGAGUCGCAUGUUGUGGAGUGGGGGAACCAAGAUGACUACCAGCUUGUUCGUAAAUUGGGGCGUGGCAAAUACAGUGAAGUUUUUGAAGCUAUCAAUAUCACAAACAAUGAGAAAGUAGUCGUUAAAAUACUCAAACCAGUAAAGAAGAAGAAAAUAAAACGAGAAAUAAAGAUCUUAGAGAAUCUGCGAGGUGGCCCAAACAUCAUCUCACUUUUAGACAUUGUCAAGGAUCCAGUGUCUCGAACACCUGCUCUGGUUUUUGAACAUGUUAACAACACAGACUUUAAGCAAUUGUAUCAAACACUAUCAGACUAUGACAUCCGAUUCUACAUGUACGAGAUCUUAAAGGCCUUGGACUACUGCCACAGUAUGGGAAUCAUGCACAGAGACGUCAAGCCCCAUAACGUCAUGAUUGAUCACGAGCACAGAAAGCUUCGUCUGAUAGACUGGGGCCUGGCUGAGUUUUACCACCCAAGUCAGGAGUACAAUGUCAGAGUGGCCUCCCGAUACUUUAAAGGACCUGAACUACUCGUUGACUACCAGAUGUAUGACUACAGUUUAGACAUGUGGAGUUUAGGCUGCAUGUUGGCCAGUAUGAUUUUCAGGAAAGAACCAUUCUUCCAUGGACAUGACAACUAUGAUCAGCUUGUACGAAUUGCCAAAGUUCUGGGCACAGAAGACCUAUAUGACUAUAUUGACAAAUACAACAUAGAACUUGAUCCACGGUUCAAUGAUAUCUUGGGCAGACAUUCCAGGAAGAGGUGGGAGAGGUUUGUGCAUAGUGAGAACCAGCACCUGGUUAGUACUGAAGCGCUGGACUUUCUAGACAAGCUUCUGCGCUAUGACCAUCAAGCUCGCCUCACAGCCCGGGAGGCCAUGGAGCACCCAUACUUCUAUCCCAUAGUAAAAGAUCAGGCAAGGAUGGGCUCUACAUCGGGGCUUUCCACUGGCUCCACUCCCGUCAGCACCUCCAGCAUGAUGACUGGAGGCAUCACGUCCAUGUCGUCGUCACAGCCCAUGGCCAACAUGACUGCUUCUCCUGUCAUCCCCUCACCCAGCACCCUAGCCACACAAGUCCCCACUGCUGCUGGUGCACAACCCUGAUGAGGAUUAGCUCUCUCAACGCUGUUUCCAGCCCUCGUUUUUACUUUUGUUACAACACGCUGAGCAGAGACAGAAUUGUAUUUGUUUUCUUUUUUUCUUUUGUUUGUUUCCAUUCAGUAAUUCUAUAUUGAGAUUCAGGCACAUACCAGAUAUUGUCCGGCUGAAAAUGUAGCUGCUGUAUUUUAUGAUGGUGUCUAGAGAAGCAACUACACUGUAGAAAUUAAGAAAAAAAAAAAAAAGGAUAAUAAAAUUAAUUUUAUAUGUCCCUAAUUUUUGGUGCUUUUAUUUUGAAAAGAUUAAUGUGGUAUCCCAAUUUAUACUGCACUGUUUUUUUUUUUUACAACAUGCCACACACAUUUUGAGAAAAUAAUAUUUUAGUGCUUUAACAUAAUGUGCUUUUGUUUGUUUUUUUAUACCUGAACACGUAUCAAGUGCUUGUCAUGAUCAGAUGCAUCUGUUGAUUCUUCUAGUUGGAGUGCAUAAUAGUCACUUGGGUUAACGUGAGCUACCGUCUGCUGCUUCACGUCCUCAGACGUACAGUAUCCUCUAUUCUCCUCUGUAUGGUGUCGUUGGAGGUCAGGGUUUUUUUCAACUGAUUUACAGCGAAGAACGAAGAGUGAGGAAGCUUCCAGAGGAGCGAGGAGCGAGGAUACACAGCUGUAACCUACAUGGAAGUGUUUCUUGUCAAAAAACCUGACACGCGUAUAAAUUCCCCUCCUCCUUUACAUCUGCCACAAUCUCAAACAAAAGCCCUUUGAUGAUGUGAUGAAAUUUUGUGAGAAAUAUAUUGAAAUAAUAAUAUUGUAUGCUUACAGUGAGUGUCGUAAUUAAUAGAUACUCGCAUGUUUGGAUAUGUAAAGCUGUGCAAAAGAUGCAGUUAUGUAUUGUUAAUUAAUUGAUUGUUGAAUAACCCAGACAUUUCACAUACUAUCCAUGCAUUUAGCUUUAUUAAGAAUGUUGUUAUUAACCAGACUCCAACAAGAGAGCGAGGAUAUUCCAUUCGACUGGCUUCGGUUCCUCUCUCCUUGUAUCCUGAGGGGCUGGAGCUAAGACACAAGGAAAGGAUGCAAGGACGCACAAAGAAGAAAUGAGAAGCACCCGCUUUUUCAGCUAAUAUUGCCCACAACUCCUUGCGUGAGGGAGGGAA